AGCCCGGCGGGCGAGCGGAGGCGGCGGCGGCGAAAGCAGUGCGGAGGCGGCGACGGCGCGGACGGCGGCCACAGCUGGAGUCCGAGCUCCCCGCGCCCACCAUGGCCGCCCAGGGCGAGCCCUGCUACCUGGCGGCUCAGUCGGACCCGGGCUCCAACAGUGAGCGCAGCACCGAUUCGCCCAUGCCGGGCUCCGAGGACGAUCUGGUGGCCGGCGCGCCCCUGCACAGCCCCGAGUGGAGCGAGGAGCGCUUCCGCGUGGACAGGAAGAAACUUGAGGCCAUGUUACAAGCUGCUGCUGAAGGAAAGGGCAGAAGUGGGGAAGACUUUUUUCAGAAGAUCAUGGAAGAGACAAACACGCAGAUUGCUUGGCCAUCAAAACUGAAGAUUGGAGCCAAAUCCAAGAAAGAUCCCCAUAUAAAGGUUUCUGGAAAGAAAGAAGAUGUGAAAGAAGCCAAGGAAAUGAUCAUGUCUGUCCUAGACACAAAAAGCAAUCGGGUCACGUUGAAGAUGGAUGUUUCCCAUACAGAACAUUCACAUGUGAUCGGCAAGGGUGGCAACAACAUUAAAAAAGUAAUGGAAGAAACAGGAUGCCACAUCCACUUUCCAGAUUCCAACAGAAAUAACCAAGCAGAAAAAAGCAACCAGGUAUCUAUAGCAGGACAACCGGCAGGCGUAGAAUCUGCCCGAGUUAGAAUUCGGGAGCUGCUUCCUUUGGUGCUGAUGUUUGAGUUACCAAUUGCUGGAAUUCUUCAGCCAGUUCCUGAUCCCAAUUCCCCCUCUAUCCAGCACAUAUCACAGACAUACAACAUUUCAGUAUCGUUUAAACAACGUUCCCGAAUGUAUGGUGCUACUGUCAUAGUGCGAGGGUCUCAGAAUAACACUAGUGCUGUGAAGGAAGGAACGGCCAUGCUCUUAGAACACCUUGCCGGGAGCUUGGCAUCUGCCAUUCCCGUGAGCACACAGCUGGAUAUCGCAGCUCAGCAUCAUCUCUUUAUGAUGGGUCGAAAUGGGAGCAACAUCAAACAUAUCAUGCAGAGAACGGGUGCUCAGAUCCACUUUCCUGAUCCCAGUAAUCCACAGAAGAAAUCCACCGUCUACCUCCAGGGCACCAUUGAGUCUGUCUGUCUUGCAAGGCAGUAUCUCAUGGGUUGUCUUCCUCUUGUAUUGAUGUUUGACAUGAAGGAAGAAAUUGAAGUAGACCCCCAGUUCAUUGCUCAGUUGAUGGAACAGCUUGAUGUCUUCAUCAGUAUUAAACCAAAGCCAAAGCAGCCAAGCAAGUCUGUGAUUGUGAAAAGUGUUGAGCGAAAUGCCUUAAAUAUGUAUGAAGCACGGAAGUGUCUCCUCGGACUUGAAAGCAGUGGGGUUACCAUAGCAACCAGUCCGUCCUCAGCGUCGUGCCCUGCCGGCCUGGCGUGUCCCAGCCUGGAUAUCUUAGCUUCAGCAGGCCUUGGACUCACUGGACUAGGUCUCUUGGGUCCCACUACCUUAUCUUUAAACACAUCAGCAGCUCCAAAUUCACUCUUGAAUGCGCUGAACAGCUCGGUCAGUCCUUUGCAAAGUCCAAGUUCUGGCACCCCCAGCCCCACAUUAUGGGCCCCUCCGCUUGCUAAUACUUCAAGUGCCACAGGCUUUUCUGCCAUACCACACCUUAUGAUUCCAUCUACUGCCCAAGCCACACUAACCAAUAUUUUGCUGUCUGGAGUACCCACCUAUGGGCACACAGCUCCGUCUCCCCCACCUGGCUUGACUCCUGUCGAUGUCCAUAUCAGCAGCAUGCAGAAUGAAGGCAAAAAAAUCUCCGCUUCUUUAAAUGGACAUGCACAGUCUCUGAAUAUAAAAUAUGGUGCAAUAGCGACUUCAUCACUCGGAGAAAAAGUGCUCAGUGCAAACCACAGUGACCCAUCAAUGCAGACAACUGGAUCUGAGCAAGCUUCCACCCAGUCAAAUCCUGCAGAAGGUUGUAAUGAUGCCUUUGUUGAAGUUGGCAUGCCUCGAAGUCCCUCUCAUUCUGGGAAUGCUGGAGACUUGAAGCAGAUGAUGGGUCACUCCAAGGUUUCCUGUGCCAAGAGGCAGACAGUAGAACUCCUGCAGGGCACCAAAAAUUCACACUUGCACAGCACAGACAGGUUGCUCUCAGACCCAGAACUGAGCGCUGCAGAAAGCCCUCUGGCUGACAAGAAGGCUCCUGGGAGUGAGCGUGCCGCUGAGAGGGCUGCUGCCGCCCAGCACAACUCGGACAGGGCCCGCCUUGCCCCACGGCCAGCGUACAUCAACAUGCAGGCCUUUGACUACGAACAGAAGAAGUUGCUUGCAACCAAAGCAAUGUUAAAGAAACCAGUUGUGACAGAGGUCAGAACGCCCACCAAUACUUGGAGUGGCCUGGGAUUUUCGAAAUCUAUGCCAGCUGAGACUAUCAAGGAGCUGAGAAGAGCUAACCACGUGUCCUAUAAACCCACAAUGACAACCACUUACGAGGGCUCCUCAAUGUCUCUGUCACGGUCCAGCAGUCGAGAGCACUUGGGAAGUGGAAGCGAAUCGGACAACUGGAGAGACCGAAAUGGAGUAGGACCUGCAAGUCAUAGUGAAUUUGCAGCCUCUAUCGGCAGCCCCAAGCGCAAACAAAACAAAUCAACGGAGCACUAUCUCAGCAGUAGCAAUUACAUGGACUGCAUCUCCUCGCUGACGGGAAGCAACGGCUGUAACCUCAACAGCUCUUUCAAAGGCUCUGACCUGCCGGAGCUCUUCAGCAAGCUGGGCCUGGGAAAGUACACAGAUGUCUUCCAGCAGCAAGAGAUCGAUCUUCAGACAUUUCUCACUCUCACAGAUCAGGAUCUUAAAGAGCUGGGGAUUACCACUUUUGGUGCCAGAAGGAAAAUGCUGCUUGCAAUCUCAGAACUAAAUAAAAACCGAAGAAAGCUUUUUGAACCACCAAAUGCACGCACCUCUUUCCUGGAAGGUGGAGCGAGUGGGAGGCUACCCCGUCAGUACCACUCAGAUGCUGCCAGUGUCAGUGGCCGCUGGUAGCAGGACCCUCUGGGCACGCGUCCGUCACCUAACUGUAAAAUUGGACAUGCGAGAUCUGGGAGCAGCCUUCACCGCACAGCACCCCCAGCACUUAGGGUGUCUCGUGUCAGGACCAAAGCAUCGUAUUCACACCUGUACUUUGCGGCAGACAUUAAGAGAGACACUGUUCUUAUGCUGUCAUACAGAACUCCAAGUGUGGAUGACUUUUUAUAACUGACAGCUGGACAGAAUAUGCAAUAUGGGAAAGGCUUUAUCUCUUGUUUUUAUUUACGUAUAUAAUAUAUGCACUGAUUUUUUUUUUUUUUUACUUACAAUGAAGGAAAAAUUGACAUCUGGGAUGCCAGGAAACUUAGAAGUUAUUUGUUUGCUCGUUUGGUUUUGGUAUUUCGGGGUUUAAAAAAUCACAAUGGGACUUUCUGGUACUGCUUUAAAUAAUUAUUGAGGUAUCUCAGCACUUUACACAGUUCUGAUUUCUUUGUCCUGUGGAAAUUCUCUUUUUCUCCCUCUCAUUUUUAUGUCACCUGAUGUAUUGGUACAGAUCAGAUUUAGUUAUUUUUCUGGCUGCAUCAAAUUUUUAUUUGAAAUGGUACUGGACACUAGUUUCUUUGCAGAAUAUUCUGUGCCUUUGGGAAAUGUGAGUCCACUGGAUUCUGGACCAAUUUAUUCAUUUAUGUCAGUAUCCUAGGAACACUUAGCAAUGAACCUAGUUCAUGGUAACAGGUGCAAAGAGAGACCAAAUGGAUUUUGCAAUAUUAACCCUUUGCAGUCAUCGUAUUUAGCUGCUGCCUGUAUUGCUAAAAUGAUUUUAGUGGUUGUCUCAAAGCAAAGGGCUUUUUUUAAAAGUGUAUACUGCCAUUGAAGGACAUUAUUUAUAUCAAACUUUUAUUUUUAGAUAUUAUAAACAUACAGUACAUAAUUGAUGAAAUUGAUAUUUACUAGAGAUUUAUGGUAGAGAAUGAAAAGCAUUCAAUAACUGGAGCCCUAGAUUGUCACUUUAUUUAAAAGGCCAAUAAUCAUCUGACAAGACAGCACUGUUGCCAUUAUAAAGAGAGAGAUUGUAGUUCAUAGCAGGCACACAUUGGCCGUGCUCCGUGUGGUCACCGGGCUUACCCCAAACCAAAUCAGUCUGCUUGAGGGAGACAUGUGUCAGGCCUGGAAAGGCUUCACAUCUCGAGUCACAGUUCGUCAAGGUAACUGAGUUUUGAAUGGGGGAAUAAAAAGACUGUUUUGAAAUGGCUAGAUUCGUUGUUAAAAUCUCAAACUGUGAAAGUCCAAGAAACUGGGCAAAGUUGUUGCCUGGAUCUUUUCAGACAUCUUCCUGUGCAUUUAUGGAGUUUUUAGUCCAUGAAAGAAGAAAAAAAUCACUGAAGUGCCUUUCUUCAUUCAAAGCAAUAUUAUUUCUAAGUAUGUUAAUGUUCUGGAAAACUUUGCCAUAGGAAAUGUCAGUGAUCGGUACUGUAGUGACUUAUGUCCAACAUUUAAGGCUUGCUACAUGAACAUAAACCACUGUCCCUUGUUCUAAGCCAGAGGCAGUAGACAAGUAUACACAAUUGGGGACUUUCAUCUAAAUGUAGGAUGAGAAAUAUUUGCUGAUGUUUUUCUAUGGCUCAAUCUUGUCAUUAAAGUAAGAGCAUGAAUUGAAGCGAGAUCUUGCAUGCUGCAGAAUUUUCCCUUCACAAAAUAGUAUUGGUGACCUUCACCUCCAUAGACAGUGAGCCUGAGCUAGAACCGGCACUAUGGGGCUUGUCCAUCCCUGCGCUCACCGUUGGGUGCUGAAGGAUGCAGGUCUACUGCAGCGACUCACCCUGUGCACAUACAUCUCGAGGAUCAUGUGGCACUCCCCCGGUUUUUUUUUUUUAUUUUAGAAAUGUGUCAUGCUUACCUCCUAGCACAGGUGACAAUUCCAGACUUGUUUCCUGUUCAACUACUCAGUGCUUUGGUCUUUCUUAAUAAGACCUUCAUAAUAGAAACGUGAAACGGUUGGAACCCUUGACCCGACACUCUACCUUGUAUGUGUGUCUGGAGCAGGAGGAAUGUUUCUGCAGUGUUAAGUUGGCAGAGGUUUUAGGAACAGUGCUUUGAUUUCAUGCCAAAGAGAAAACUGUCCCACUUAAAUUAAAUGGGGUGGCUAAAAAGAAAGAACAAAACACUGGAAGUUAUUGUUCCCACUUUCUCUCGAUGCAAUGAAGGGAAUGACACUAUAGCACAUGGAUUAUUGGUGUCAUGAUGCACAGUGAUGCACAGAAUAUUUGGAUUGUUUGAAUAAUGUUGACUUUUAAUCAAUCUGCGCCUUAAUAGUGACUGUAAAUAUCGAACAGAUACAGAUUGUAUUUUUGUGUGGGUUUUUGUCCUUUUAGUGACUUUUUAAAAAUGAGAGAUGGGAUUAACAUUGAAAUGGGAAUUUUCUAAACUAAUCGAUUGUUACAUGAAGAAUAAAUUUAUAUAACCCCUUUGUAUCGCU